GCUGCUGCUGCUGGCGGCCGUGGCUUGUGCUAAGCGGCCGGUCGGCCGGUCGCGGAGAUGUCGGCCUCGCUGGGCCCCCGCGCCCCCGCCGCCUCUGCUGCCUCCGCCGCCUCUGCUGCCUCUGCCGCCACCGUGCCCGCCGUGCCCGACCUGAGCCAUCUGACCGAGGAGGAGCGGAGCAUCAUCAUGGCCGUGCUGGACCGGCAGCGUGAGGAGGAGCGCAAGGAGGAGGCGAUGCUCAACUUACCCCAAUGGAAUGAAUUGCCAACAGGACCAUCGAAGGGACUCAGCAAGAUGUAUUCUUCUCCCGAUCUGGACCAACGUCUACAUCAGCAAUUUGAGAGCUAUAAAGAGCAGAUAAGGAAGAUUGGUGAUGAAGCCCGGCGUUAUCAGGGCGAACACAAGGAUGAUGCUCCAACAUGUGGGAUCUGCCUCAAAACCAAGUUUGCCGAUGGCUGCGGCCACAUCUGCUCUUAUUGCCAGACUAAGUUUUGUGCCCGGUGUGGAGGUCGGGUUACUCUUCGCUCAAAUAAUGUAAUGUGGGUAUGCAAUUUAUGCCGUAAGCAACAGGAAAUUCUUACAAAAUCAGAAGCGUGGUUCAUUGAAAGUGGAACACCACAGACGUCAAAUCAGGAUGGAACCUUGAGUGACACAGCUACUGUUGGUGGUUCUGAUGCUCCAAGAGAAAAGAAAGCAAGACUGCAAGAGCGCUCACAUUCCCAGACUCCUUUAAGUACAGUAGUACCGACACAAGACGCCACUCUGCCUGACAAGACUCGGGUGUCUGAACUUGCUCGGCAAGAGAUGGGUUUUGAACAGAAACAGUCUGCAUCAAGAUCUCGGAGCGAACCCCCGAGAGAGAGGAGGAAGAAUUCUUCAUUUUCAGAACAGAAUGGAAAAGUGCAGAAAGGUGAACGGAAACGCACACCAAAGACAUCCCCUCGGCAGGUUGACCGGCCAGCCGAAGAAAGAGAACAUAAAGAGCGGAGAGAGAGCCGGCGGCUGGAGAAAGGCCGAUCACAGGACUAUCAGGACAUGGGUGAAAAAUUAGAAGGGGAGAAGCUGGAAGAUAGGAACAUGGAAUGGAAUGGAGAGGACUAUCAGAACCGAUACAAGAGUGAUCCCAAUCUAGCACGGUAUCCUGCUAAAUCCCUACCCGAGGAGCAACAGAUGCGCAUGCAUGCUAAAGUGUCAAGAGCACGACAUGAAAGGAGACACAGUGAUGCAUCCCUUCCAAAUACACCGGUUGAAGAGGGCCAGGGAACAGAGCACAGAUUACCAAGGAGGACACAGCCACAGGAAGAGCAGCAUUCCCCUACUGAAGCACAGAAGUCCUACCCCAGUGAAAGGAAUGCAGAUGUGCAGCUUUCAGCUUCUCGACAGCAGCAUCUGAGCAAUCACAGCCCACCAACACAGGGAAGGAGCACCGCUUCGACUGAGCACCUGGAUGCAAAGGACCAAGACUCCUACAGAAAGCAGUCUCACCUGGAUCCCAGCUCUGCUGUGGCUCGAACUAAGCGGGAAAAAAGUGAAACCAUGCUGAGAAAUGAUUCUCUUAGUUCUGACCAAUCAGAAUCUGUCAGGCCACCCCCACCAAAACCACAUAGAAUGAAGAAAGUUGGUAAAAAAAGGCAAAUAUCAGUAAGCAGCUCCGAGGAGGAGGGAGCAUCAACACCAGAAUACACCAGUUGUGAAGAUGUGGAAAUAGAAAGCGAAAGUGUCAGUGAGAAAGGUGAUCUAGAUUACUAUUGGUUGGAUCCCGUUACGUGGCAUGGCAGCGAGACCUCGCCAAUCAGCUCGCAUCCCGUUACGUGGCAACCGUCCAAAGAAGGAGAUCGUCUCAUAGGACGUAUAAUUUUGAACAAGAGAACAAGUAUGCCUAAAGAAUCUGGAGCUUUACUUGGGUUAAAAGUGGUUGGAGGAAAGUUAACAGAAACUGGAAGACUUGGGGCCUUCAUCACCAAAGUGAAAAAAGGCAGUUUAGCUGAUGUUGUGGGCCACUUGAGAGCUGGUGACGAGGUCCUUGAAUGGAAUGGGAAACCUUUACCGGGAGCUACAAAUGAAGAAGUUUACAAUAUCAUUUUGGAAUCUAAAUCAGAACUUCAGGUUGAAAUAGUUGUUUCAAGGCCAAUAGGUGACAUACCUAGAAUUCCGGAGAGCUCCCACCCCCCUUUGGAGUCCAGUUCGAGUUCCUUUGAGUCGCAGAAGAUGGAACGGCCCUGUAUUUCAGUCAUUUCUCCAACCAGCCCAGGAGCUUUGAAAGAUGCCCCUCAGAUCUUACCUGGACAGCUCUCAGUGAAACUCUGGUAUGAUAAAGUAGGCCACCAGUUGAUAGUGAAUGUGUUACAAGCCAUGGAGCUUCCUUCUCGAGGGGAUGGUCGGCCCAGGAAUCCUUAUGUAAAAAUGUACUUCCUUCCAGAUCGAAGUGACAAAAGUAAGAGGAGGACCAAAACAGUCAAGAGAAGCUUGGAGCCAAAAUGGAACCAAACGUUUAUCUAUUCUCACGUUCACCGAAGAGACUUUAGAGAACGGAUGUUAGAGAUCACAUUGUGGGAUCAGCCUCGAGUGCACGAAGAAGAAAGUGGAUUUCUUGGAGAGAUCCUUAUAGAGCUGGAGACGGCAUUGCUGGAUGAUGAACCACACUGGUAUAAACUUCAGACGCAUGACGUAUCUUCACUACCUCUGCCCCAACCAUCGCCCUACAUGCCACGGCGGCAUGUCCAUGGGGAUAGUCCUAGCAAAAGACUGCAAAGAUCUCAGCGAAUCAGUGAUAGUGACAUCUCAGAUUAUGAUGUUGAUGAUGGUAUUGGAGUGGUCACAGCAGAUUAUAGAGUUAGCAGUAGAGAAAGUAGAGCAAGCACACUAACAGUGCCCGAUCAACAGCGAAGCCCGCAUCAUCGUUCACGCUCUGUCUCUCCUCACCGUGGUGACGACCAGGGCAGGACCCGGUCACGUUUACCCAGUGUCCCACUACAGAGGAGUCUAGACGAAAUCCAUCAGAGUCGGCGAUCUCGUUCUCCCACCCAAUACCAAGCUGUCUCACGCAGUCCUGUCGAGCGCAGGCCCAGGGACGUAGACAAUCAUUACCCAUAUGAAAGAGACAGUGAGCUCCUUAUGCUGCCCAGAGCAAAACGAGGAAGGAGUGCAGAAUGCCUGCAUACUGCCAGUGAAAUACAGCACUCUCUUGACAGGGCUAGGAGUGCUAGUACCAACUGUUUGAGACCCGAUACUAGUUUACAGUCACCAGAACAAGACAGGUGGUUUCACUCCCUAGAUAGGAAACGACCUCCUAGUCCCAGGAUUCACAUCCAGCAUGCCUCUCCAGAGGAUGACAGAGUGUACCAACAAGGAAGCCUGGUGCAAUCACCGUCAACGGCAACACCAUUGUACGGGCGGAGGGGAAGGCAGCUCCCACAGGUCCCUGUCAAAAGCACGAGUGUGGAGCAAGGAAGCCGAAUAGUGGAAGAGCGAUCGAAGUCUAUAAAGGCAAAAGUGUACGCGAGCAAACAGCCGGCGGGCAUGGUGACCAGCUUGGAACAGGAGCGGGAGAUGUACACAAAGCAUCUUUCGUAUAAUGAACAAAACAGAAGCAUUGAUAAUGUUUCGGUCAAGUCGUCGGACAGCGAUGCUAGUGAUGUUUCAGCCAUCUCUCGAACCAGCAGUGCCUCUCGUCUCAGCAGUACAAGCUACAUGUCAGUACAAUCCGAGCGCCCAAGGGGCAGUCGGAAGAUUAGUGCAUUUACCUCUAAAAUGCAAAGCAGGCAGAUGGGGACCUCGGGGAGAAAUAUUAUGAAGAGCACAAGUGUAAGUGAGGAGAUGUAUAGUCUGGACAAUAACGACGGCAGUCAGUCGGACACUGCUGUGGGAACAGUAGGAACAGGGGGCAAGAAAAGAAGAUCGAGCUUGGGUGCAAAAAUGGUGGCCAUUGUCGGCUUGACGAGAAGGAGCAGGAGCACAUCACAGCUCAGCCAGACUGGCUCACACACGAAGAAUGGCCAAAUGAGCGAGGUACUGGAAGGUGCCCAGUACCCUUGGAUCUGUACUGAAACUGGAGUCAGCACCUUAAGGAGAAAAGAGGCUAGAGUGAAGAAGUCCAGAAACACCAUCCAGAGAAGCACAGAGACUGGCAUGGCAGUGGAAAUGCGACGCAUGACGCGCCAGGCCAGCCGGGAGUCCACAGAUGGUAGCAUGAACAGCUACAGUUCAGAAGGAAAUUUAUUUCCUGGGAUGAGAUUAGGUGCCGACAGUCAAUUCAGCGACUUCCUUGAUGGGCUGGGACCUGCGCAACUUGUUGGAAGGCAAACAUUAGCAACGCCAGCCAUGGGUGACAUUCAAAUUGGGAUGCUGGACCGGAAGGGGCAGUUGGAGGUUGAAGUAAUUCGAGCACGAGGCCUCAUUCAAAAACUAGGCUCUAAGUCGCUCCCUGCUCCUUAUGUCAAAGUGUACCUGCUGGAGAAUGGUGUUUGCAUUGCCAAAAAGAAAACAAAAAUUGCACGGAAAACACUUGAUCCACUCUAUCAACAGUCUUUGCCAUUUGAAGAAAGCCCACAGGGUAAAGUCUUACAGGUGAUAGUAUGGGGAGAUUAUGGCCGAAUGGACCACAAGUGUUUUAUGGGCGUGGCACAGAUCCUACUGGAAGAGCUUGACCUUUCCAGCAUGGUCAUUGGCUGGUACAAACUGUUCCCAACAUCUUCACUGGUGGACCCCACCUUGACACCACUGACUCGUAGAGCUUCCCAAUCAUCUCUUGAGAGUUCGACUGGAUCUCCCUGUAUAAGGUCGUAAUGAUUUCCAAAAUAAAUCACCAAACAGGCAGAAAUCAGACGCUGACCACAAAUAUGAUCAAACUGCUGCUGGAGCCAGACAACCACCUUUGUUUUGCCAACGGCACUGUUUCAAACAACAAUAGGGCUUCAUCAAUCCUAAAAAUGACAUACAUAUGUGAAUGUAUUUCUGUAUGUAUGCUGGCAUGAACUGGCACACGCACACUGCAUUAAAUCUGAAUGGAAAAUGGUGAUCAGUGAGAUUCACUGACUAUAUGUAGGAGGCUAAUUGAAGGAGACCAGUACUCUGACCUAAAAAAAAAAAGAGCUUUAGCCACAUACUGGAAAGUAUCAAACUCGGAUUAAAAUUUUGAAUUGUUCAUUAACAUUUCUAUAGAAAUGACAAACAGUGUUACCUUUCUGCUCUUACAUUUUGUUUCCUUGCACACACUUCUUCCACUGCUGUCUGCUCACUGAAGCCUCACGAAAUGCUGGUGUUUGUUUUCUCUGCUGGUGGCAGAGUCCAUGCCCGUGACCCGAGGCCAGUGGUAUAUUUCUGUGAGCAAUACGAAUGGUAUUCAACAAUUACAGACUUUAUGCAGAUAAUGUCAGUGUGUGGAUAUCAUUGGCUCCCAAUCAAAAACAUAACAUUGAUUGCAAUUUAGCGACAGAGAGGAUUUCAGAUUCAGAACUGAUUCAGAGCAGAACUCGUUAUAUUUCUAAACAGAAGACUUUCAAGUGUUGUUUGUCAUUUGCCAUAUAAUUGCCAUUGCUUCUCUCUUUGUGAAACAGGCACAUGUUUGCAUUUUGAAUUAAUAAUUUUUAUGUUUUCUGAUGUUUUGCAUGAAAACAAUGUUUUGAAACUGCUGUCAGUGCUGGGGACUGUGAAAAGCAACUUCAGUUGUGGUAUUCUGCAGAGAUUGUGGCACUAAACUGUUCCUUGUAAUGCAGUUCUCUUCCAAUAAUUACAGUUGAGAUAAAUGCUGUAUAAAAUUGUACAUUUGACUGCCUAAAGUGUUGGCCAAUAAUGGACGGAGCAUAAGCUGUUUGAGCAGUACCUGAGACUUUUCCUGGAUGUUUGUGUCAAUUGGCAAUCUGAGCUGAUCUGACAGAGCAUGAAGAUUGCUGGACGUUCUGGUUGAAAACACCGUAAUAAUUUUAUAUCUGAUUUUAGCUAACUUUAUUUCAGGAUUACUGCAAGAACAAUUAUUUUUAACAGUGAAAUGCAUUCCUUUUGGAAGAAAGGCAAACUUUUGAUUGCUUUUUUUAGAAAAAAAAAACUUUUUUUUUUCUGAGUCCCAUAGUACGUGAAGCCCCAUGUGUAUGUUACAUCCAUGAGGUGCAGUGAUUCUUCCUCCUCCUGCUCCCGAGGCCACUUUGAGUUUCUGAUCACUGAUGUGGAGCGGCAUGACCCUGGGCCAGUUCACCUGCUGCAUGCACGUUUUGUAGGGGAGGGUGGGGAGGGUGGUGGGGACAGAACACAGGAGUUUGUAUGUGUGUUAGUUCCACAUAGGCCAGCUUGUAAGUUGCAUGUACUUGUACAGUUUGCUUGUUAAUUAAUAUAUGGAGAUUACAAAAAAGAAAUCAAAGCCAUUUGUUUCUGCUAUAGACUUAUUGCUGAUUUUAACAAGCCUCAGGUUUGGCAGUGGAUGUCCACUGAAAGAUUUUUUUUGUACCCUAUCUGGCAAAUAAUUGCUGAUGCAGUGCAGAAAAGCACCUUAUUGGCCUUGACGUGGACUCUUACUGUGGGGUUUUAGCAGCCUUGUGUAUACUCAGUUUUGAAUUCAAGGUAAUUUGCCUGCACGGAGUGAAUUGUCUCAUUUAAAUUGGCCAGCACUUUGUUUGUGUUCCCAUAAUGUAGAAUAAGACUGUUUGCUGCUCGACCUGCUGAGCAGGAAGAAUUAAAACACUGGUUUGCUACACCUUUAGGUUGUAUUCGAUUUGUUGUGGCCAAAUUCAGCUGGUUGGGUGGUAUCUUUCUAAUGGCAACAGUUGUCUAAACACUCCCCUGUGCUUUUAAAUGAACCUCAGACAUAUGUUAUGUAAACAACAUGUUUAAUAAAAGUUACUUUUCAUGUCAAUUUUAGAUUUCUUUUUCCCCCCCGUAUUCAAACUGAGCUUAAUAUGUAUGGAGUCAAGAAGAACAUUGACAGGUAACAAUAAGCAAAGUAAAAGAUAGUGAGGAAAAAUAUAAAUGGCAAAUAAUAUUGGAUAACAUUGAGUUGAAUGAAUGCCUGAAUGAUGAUGCAACAGAGACAUUGUCAUUGGCACUGGAUGAUGAAUGAUGGUGUAUCAGAAUUAACAGAUCAGUACAUGGAUAUUAAUGCAGCUGAAUGAAGGCUAAAUGAACGAUAUAACUGACAAAAAGGCAUACAAUCAAUGAAUGGGUCAAUGGAGUAAAUGAUAUUGUUCCAUACUUACUUAUUGGUAAUUAGCACUCAGGAUGUGUUCCUGGGCAUGGGAUUAACAACUAAAUAAGAUCAAAAACGGGUCAGAAUGCUACUUAUGCCAAAUGGGGAUUUGUUAUAGAACAUAAUCGGCAUAGGGCAGCAUGGUGGCGGAGUGGGAGAAUUGCUACCUUUCAGUUUCAGAGAUCCUGGGUUUGAUCCUGACUACACGUGCUGUCUGUAUGGAAUUUGUACCUUCUCACCGUGACCUGCGUGGGCUUUCUCUGGGAGUUCCGGCUUCUUCCCACACGGCAAAGGUUUGCAGGUUAAUUGACUGGGUAAAAUUGCAAAUUGUCCCUAGUGUGGGCAGGAUAGUGUUAGUGUGCAGAGAUUGUUGUUCGGCAUGGACCCGGUGGGCCGAAGGGCCUGUUUCUGAGUCCUUUCCCUAAACUAAACUAAAAUGGAACAGUACUGCACAGGGACAGUCCUUUGGCACGCGAUGUUUGUGUUGAACAUGACGCCAAGUUAAACAGAUCUCAUCUGCCUGUACAUGAAUCAUAUCCCUUUAUUCCUUGCAAUUCCAUGUGCCUGUCUAAAAGCCUCGCUGACAACAUUAUGUUCCUAUUCAUCAGCUUUUAAUAGGGG